GAAAGUUACCGCACAGCUGGCGGACGGACAAACACACAAAGAGGGGCUAGCGUUGACAGUAAACAGAACAGGCGCUAGCAGCGUUAGCUUCAGAGGACAGCGGCGGUGGUUUGGUUGUUUAAUUGUGUUUGUGUUUGCCGUCAUGUCUGCGGUCCGGUGUCUGAGAGACUUCAUCGGCGAGAGACUAACAGCUGCUGCUGAAGAAAUACUGAGCGAGUUCGAGAAAACCAUCGUCCGGUACGAGGAGGAGAUCGCCCAGCAGCGAAGACUGCUGGACACCAGCUGGAAGACUCAGUCACCGAGGAACUCUGCAGUUCUCUCCGAGCAUCAUGGGAGCACAGAUGAGGAUCUCCGUGACAAGGACACCAACACCAGCGUGAAGGAGGAGGAGCCACAGAUUAAAGAUGAGGUGGAGGAGCUCUGCAUCAGCCAGGAUGAGGAGCUGCCGGAUCUGAAGGAGGAGACAGACUCCCUGAUGAUUCCUCCGUAUGAGGAUGAUCGCUGUUUAGAACAUUACCUAAACAUUCAGCAGGUAAUGACUAACUUAAAAGAGUUGACAUCGCCUGCAGACGGAGAGACUUUAGCAGAAAAGGAGGAUAGCCAUGACAAAAGUCAGGCCAGUAAAACGGUUAGCCUGUCGGGAAGUCAGUCCGACUCCGACAAGUUGAAAAAGUCCUUCAAGAAGUCGCAGAAGAUUCCAGAGGGAGGACGGUUUCCCUGUAAAGUGUGCAGCAAAAGUUUCCGGACGGCCGCGAUCCUGGUGGCCCACAUGAGGAUCCACACGGGGGAGAAGCCCUUCUCCUGUAACGUGUGCGGCAAAAGCUUCACGGCGUGCGGCACGCUGGCCAACCACAUGAUCAUCCACGUUAACAAGAGGCCGUUCUCCUGCUCUCUGUGCGACAAAAGCUUCAAACAGAGACGGCACCUGAACGUCCACAUGCGGGUCCAUUCUGGAGAAAAGCCCUACUCCUGUGAGGAGUGCGGUUUGAGCUACAAAAGCAACAGCGCGCUGAAAAGUCACAGGAGAGUCCACACGGCAGACGCCGACCCAGAGAGCGCGGAUCAGGCGGCCGACGCUUGUGAGAAACCCUUACAGAGGGAGACUCAGAAAGACAAGAGGUACACGUGUGAACAGUGUGGGAAGAGCUUCAGUCAGGACCUCGGGCUGAUGAGACACGUGCGGCUCCACACGGACGAGAGGCCGUUUGUCUGCAAGGUUUGUGGGAAAACCUUCAAACAGAGCGUGAGUCUGAAGAACCACACCAGAAUCCACACGGGCGAGAAGCCCUUCUCCUGUAAAGUUUGCAGCAGAAGUUUCACGCUUGGCUCCACGCUGAUCAGACACAUGAAGGUCCACACCGGGGAGAGGCCCUUCCUGUGUAAAGUUUGCGGCAAAACGUUUGUGAAAAGAGAUCACCUACAGGGCCACAUGAGGAUCCACACCGGAGAGACUCCCUUCUCCUGCCAGGUGUGUGGGAAAAGCUUCAAGCUGAGCGUGAACCUGAAGAGCCACCUGCGGAUCCACACGGGAGAGAGGCCGUUCUGCUGCGAAGUGUGCGGCAGGCGCUUCGUGCAGAACAGUCAGCUGAAAGUCCACAUGCGCAUGCACGUGGCCAGCCAGGACGAGCCCUUUGCCUGCGAGGAAUGUGGGCAGACCUUCAGCCAGAUGAGUAAACUCAAGAGGCACGCGGCCGCCCACAGCGGACACAAGUCCAUCGCUUGUGAGGAGUGUGGAGAAACCUUUGGAAGCACGUUGACGUUCAACGAUCACAUGAAGAUUCACACGUCGGAGGAGCUGUUUUCCCGCCAGUCUCAAAGCGUCAACAUGGAGCGGUGCUGAGACUCCAACCGCUUCUUCUGUCAGUUUAAGAGGACACAACAGGUUCUUAUGGUCUUCCAUGAUACUUUUAUGUCAUACAACAAAUGUGUGAUAAAAUUGCAAGUUUACUGCCUUACAUUUAGUAUAGACCACGGUCUCAAACUCAGUUUACUCUGGGGCCUCUGAAGGCAGAGUCUGGGUCAGGCUGGGAUGUAUGGGGUUCCUUUUGUGCCAAAAAUAUGUUUUUGCGUCCACUAUCUAUAUAUUUGGUCCUUUGUCUACUGAACAUGUUUACUGAACAUUUGUUCAUGUCUUAUGUACUUUUAAACAAUAUCUUCUGCGUGUCCUGUGAAACGACAGGAGCUAAUGACGCUAGCAACUGUUGCUAAGGACUUUUCUGAUGACCAGACACAAAAAUAAACCAAGCUAAAACGUCUCAAAGAAGCAUGGCCAUGCACGAGAUCCUUAGUUGUACAUAGACAUGAAUAAAUGUUCAAUAAACUUGUUCAGUAGACAUAAAACAUGGGUGCCCAAAGUGGGGCCCGUGGACCAAAUUCGGCCUGUCAAAGGUUAUCUUUUGGCCCGUCAAGUCACGACUGCUGAAACCCAUUGAUUCUCUAUGAUGUUUCAAAACUCUACCGCUGUAAUAUACUUUUGGCCUCCGGGUGGCACUGUUAGCACUUUCUUUACCUGCGGCUAGGGGUGAAACCAUAGACUGUAAAAAUAAUGGACAGAGCGAGCAAUGAGGUCCCCCAUU